AUGUGCAUUCUUUCUAACAAUUCUUAUGCCCGGUUCUUUAAAGGCCUUAGAGAUGUUCCAAACCUUGAUGAUUUGAACAUUGUCCUUAGCUGUUAUCCUUCACUUGACAAGCGAGUAUAUAAUCUUCCCUCUGCCUCACAAGUUGCGGCUAUAUGGACUGAAAGUGACGAUCAGUCGUCCGAUGGCCGCGCUCAUAUUCAAGUUUAUUCUCGGUCAGUUGGUAGCCAUAGGAUUCAACAUUACUAUGGCUGCUAUGACCCUUUACAGUACCCUCUCCUUUUCCCUCGUGGUGAGUGUGGCUGGCACCACGGAAUUAAAAGACUUAGUAAAAGAAAAAGAGGAGGGGACACAUGUGAGGAUGAUAUUAACAUCGAUCCAGCUUCAGUUAACUCCUCAUCGGAGUUAAUUGAUUUAGAACAGAGAGCUGCUGAUCGAGGCAAAACAGAGGAAGGUACUGUAUCUGCUAGGGAGUACUACUGUUAUAGGUUCCAAAUAAGGGACGGUGAUGAGUCAAUGCUGUUACACACUCUUAGGUUGCUGCAGCAGUUUUCAGUCGAUGCUUAUGUCAAGAUCGAAACAUGUAGGCUUGACUUUCAUAGGCAUCGACAAAACAAGAUACGCUCUGAAAUUCUGGAAGGGAUUCUUGACAGUGUUUCUGUUGGCCAAACCGCUGCUUCUAAAGUUGGUCGUAAGGUCAUUCUUCCAGCUUCUUUUAUAGGUGGUCCGAGGGAUAUGAGGCGCCGUUACCUUGAUGCGAUGGCCCUGGUACAGAAAUAUGGAAAAUCCGACAUUUUUCUUACAAUGACGUGUAAUCCAGCAUGGAAGGAAAUUCAGGAAAAUCUGAAAUACCAUGAAAAGCCUCAGGAUCGGCCAGACCUGCUCGCUAGAGUUUUUAGAGCCAAAUUUGAAAUGCUUAAAGCAGAAAUUCUAAAUAAGCAGAUCUUUGGCGAGGUUGCAGCGUGUGUUUACGUGAUCGAAUUCCAGAAACGAGGCUUUCCUCAUGCCCAUUUAUUAUUGAUCUUAAAACCUGGUCAUAAGCUACUUAAUCCAGAGUCGUAUGACAAAAUAGUCUGUGCUGAGUUGCCCGACAAAGAUCAAUAUCCUCACUUGUAUUCUCUUGUUGUGAAGCAUAUGAUCCAUGGCCCUUGCGGAGCAAUGGAUAAGUCUUGUCCUUGUAUGAGAGAUGGAGCCUGCAAAAAUCACUAUCCAAAGAGCUUUUGUCCUCAAACGACUCACGGUGAGGAUACCUAUCCAUAUUAUAGGAGGAGAGAUGAUGGCAAGAAAGUCAAGGUGAGCUUUAAGAUUAUUUCCUGUGGAUCGGCGGACGAUAUUGAUGAAAUAAAAGACUUCCAGAAAGGUAGAUGGGUUUCGCCUCCAGAAGCUUUUUGGCGCAUUUAUGAAUUUAGGCUGAAUGAAAUGAACCCAGCAGUUUACACCCUUCAGAACGAAUCUCAGAGCACAACAUCUGAAAUGCUUGUACAGAGAUUUUCCUGA